UUCUCGGUGGGGGCGGAGCGGGACACGGAGGCAGGAAGCGGCCAUGGCGGACUGGGGCCGAGGUUCAAACACAAAUGCUGUGGAUGAUAUGUUAGAUGUGGAAAAUAAGCGCAUGGCAGAAAACCUGGCCACUAAAGUCACCCGUCUAAAAUCGCUUGCAUUGGACAUUGACAAAGAUGCUGAGGAUCAAAACCAGUACCUUGAUAACAUGGACUCUGAUUUUAUGAGUGUGACGGGCCUUCUGACUGGAAGCGUGAAGCGCUUCUCUACUAUGACUCGGUCAGGAAGGGACAAUCGCAAGCUUCUCUGUUAUGUCUCUGGUGGACUGAUUCUUGUCUUCUUCAUCCUCUAUUACUUGGUGACAAGAACACGAACUUGAGGGAGAUUAUUAAAGUUUUUACUGGAUGUUUGUUGAAGGAAAAAAAAUGGUAAUGGAAAAAAGGAGCUCUGGGUGACCUUCAGGUGUGUAUCUUGGGAAGAUUAUUUAAAUUUUCACAGUGACCCAGAGCCUCCUUUAUGGACUACAGUAUGAACUCUCCAUUCUGAACUCAUCUGUUUGCUUUAAAGGGGAUAUAAUUCUGUCCCUCUCUACUUGAAAGCUUAAAUGCAGCACAAUUCACUGAAAUGAAGUCUCUCUCCACCCUGCCCUUAUAUUAACUUGCUGUCUUUACUGGGUGAAAGAGGAAGCAUACUGGUGUUGUUGCUUUCUAGUUUGUGGUUCAGUGGGAAAACCCUGACAAUGUUCAGUAAAGAUGUCCUAAUGCCCAUUUUAAUGGGAAAAAAGUGUUGCUUAAAAGAUUAAUAUUAGCAUACGUGCAUUUCUGAGAGGUGCUCUCACUUUCAUAUAGGAAUGUCUUUUAGAGCAAAAUUGCUUUAUCUCUGUUUCUGGAUAAACCAGUAGCUGUAAUCAUCCUAACAACAAUGUUUGCUUGUUAACUCUUGAGGUGUGUAGAAGAACAGAGUUGGACUUAAAGCGCUCAUAAAAUAUGGGACACCUUGCACAUAUGACUACAUUACUUCUGCUUUUUUUCCCUUUCCAUUCUAGUUAGUCCCUUAACUAAAUAACUUGUCAGUUCUGAGUUGUACUAACCAUAUAGUAAGUUAAUGUAUCUUCAUUUUUUAAACUUCGUCCAAAUCAAUCUUGAAGUUCUUUUUAAAUUGAUGUGUUGAUUCUAGAUUAAAAGAUUUUAUGUAUAUUUUCCUGGAUUGCAUUCUGUUGAAUUCAGUAAGAUUUACUUCUGAGUAGACAUGCAUAGGAUUGCACUAUAAUUCUAGAGGUGCUUGGCAACUGGUGAUUGUUUAGUGAUCUCAUCUCACUGGAAUCAGUAACAUUCUCCUUCUGAGGUUUAUUAGCAAAGCAUUAGCCGCAUUUAAGCUAAGAUGAUGUGUACAAUUAACAGUGCAAUCCUGUAUUUGUGUACUGAAAAGAACUCCAGAUUUAUAACCCAAGAUUUUUAUAUCGUAUCUGAUUUAUCAAUACUUUUGGUUUCCUAAAUACAAUUUGCCAUCCUAAGUUGUUCCAUAGUGAAAAAAAGAAUAGAAGGAACAAAACAUCCAGUGCUGAUCCAUUUGGGAUCUUCCUGUAAUUGAUGUACUUGUGACAACCUUUCACUUGAAGCAAGUGAAUAUUCUGUGGUGGGUGAAUCUCAUUUGUCAUUGAUUAUAUCUCACAAUUGAAAUAGUGACAUUGCAAUUUCCACACUGCAUUUAAAUUUGAAAAUAAAGUAAGUUUAAGCAUUUGA